AUGACCAUGAGUGUAACAGCAACCACCACCACAACAGCUUUACAAAAAGACAUGAUGAUGAUGAGCGUGCAGCAUGCUCCUAACGAGCCUUCGUUAAUUAACUACGAGGAGGACGCAUUCGGAACGGGCGUUUCUGCCAUUCUCAAUCCUUCCGACGAAUUAUUCUGUCCAAUUUCGCACACGAUCAUGAGUGAGCCUGUGAUUGCAGCUGAUGGAAGAACCUAUGAAAAGGAAUUAAUUACACAAUGGCUUCGCGAACACAACGGAACCUCUCCUUUCACAAGAGAAAAUAUAGGAACCAACACUAUCGAAAAUGUGCAUAUUAAGAAUGAGAUUCAACGAUUCUUCACAACACUCAAGUCGUUGGAGAGUGACCAUUGUGCAUUCCAAUAUCACUUGUCGAAUGAUGUCUUUUUACCAUGCUCCAUGUUGGUAGAAUUUCAACAUGCAGUGAGUAAGAAUGACCUUAACACUGUCAAGACUCUCUAUGACAAUGACAUCCGACUUUUACUCUACUCACCAGAAAUGUUAAACGAUUUUGUCAACCACAACAUUUCAUCUCUAGUGAGAGCUAAUAAUUUUUCUUCCAAGAGCUUAAUAAGUUAUUCAUUGAAUGGAUACGAGUUGUGUUGUAAAAUUGGAUCAUUAGAAAUGAUUGAGGACAUGUACAAUUUCCUUUCUAGAUCUUCCUUAAAUCGACCAUUGCCUCCUCUUGCUAACGAAACCAACAUUGAAAGAACUCAUUGA